AUGCCUUCCACUUUUCAUACCUGCGAACGAGAAAAGUUAUUUCUUCACCCAAGUCCCAAAAGAUUCGGAGUUCCGGAAUUACAAAAACUUGUUAAGCCAUUCAUUGAUUCUUUCAAUUCCUUAUUAGAACCUCCUACCAAAGGAAUAUUACAUUACGCUAUUGAUGACAUUGGAGUAAUAGAAAUAUCCGAUGCUCCUUUUAUUAGUCCUACAAAAGGAAAUAUUUUAAAAGUUUGGGUUGAAGAUAUAUUAAUUGGCAAGCCUCUGCUGUCUGAAAAUGUUCGUGCAGCAAAAUCAUUUCAAAUAUUCCCUUCGGAGUGUCGAGAGAGAUUUAAAACAUAUGCUGGAAAAAUGAGUAUAAAAUUUUGCUGGCAAGUAAAUAAUGGCAAGGUGAAUAUAGAAAACAAGAAUGUGGGGAUGUGUCCAAUUAUGAUAAAAUCCAAUCGUUGUAAUUUACAAUCUUUCUAUUCAAAACAAUUGAUUGAACAUCAUGAAGAAUCAGAAGAAAUGGGAGGAUAUUUCAUUAUUAAUGGAAUCGAGAAGAUCAUUCGUCAUUUAAUAGUACAGAGACGAAAUUUUGUAAUGGCACUUGUCAGACCAUCUUUUGCAAAUCGAGGGAAAUCAUAUACCGAAUAUGGUGUGUCAAUUCGUUGUGCUAGACUCGAUCAGACAACUAUGACAAAUACUUUGCAUUAUUUGAAAGAUGGAAAUUGUAUGCUAAGAUUUGUUUGGCGUAAACAAGAAUAUUUUGUUCCUGUGAUAUUAUUUCUAAAGUCUUUGGUUGAAACAAAUGACAAGGGAAUUUUUGAAAUGUUGAUGUUAGGUGAUUUUGAAAAUACAUUUUUUUCGGAUCGAGUGGAACUCAUGCUUCAGGAAUUUAAAUCGUAUAAUAUACAAUCUAGAGAACAAUGCUUAUCUCUAUUGGGCGAAAAAUUUCGUAUCAUCUUUAGUCUUCCAUCUCAUUAUUCUAAUCAACAGGUUGGAGAAUAUAUACUUAAAAAAGUUUUAUUAGUUCAUCUUAAUAAUAAUCAAGAUAAAUUUAAUCUUUUAAUUUACAUGAUUCGAAAAUUAUAUUCACUCGUUGCUGGAGAUUGUUGUCCGGACAAUCCGGAUUCCACUCAAAAUCAGGAAAUCCUUUUGAGUGGUAAUCUUUAUGGUAUGAUCGUCAAAGAAAAGCUUAUGGAUUACUUGAAUGGUAUUCGGGCUUUAGUUAUUGCAGAUGUAAAUUCAAAAAAAAAUGUUGAUUUUAAUAACAAAAAAUAUCUUUCGACCAUAUUUAAUAAACCGUCAUCAGAUAUUGGUAGAAAGUUGGCAUAUUUUCUGGCAACAGGAAAUCUAGUUUCAAAUACUGGAUUGGAUUUGAUGCAGACUUCAGGAUAUACUAUUGUAGCAGAAAAAAUUAAUUUCUUUCGAUUCAUUUCUCAUUUUCGUUGUGUUCAUCGAGGUUCAUUUUUUGCUGAAUUAAAAACAACAACAGUACGAAAAUUAUUGCCAGAAUCUUGGGUGCAUACUCCGGACGGAACACCUUGUGGAUUAUUAAAUCAUCUCUCAUAUUCGUGUCGGAUUAUUACAUCAAAACUUAAUGCUGAUAGAAUUCCAAUGUUUCUAUCGGAAUUUGGAAUGACAAUUAGACCAUUAAUAAGUGGUCAUCGAACCGAGAAGAAUCAAAUGUGUGUUCAAUUAGAUGGGAAAAUAGUGGGUUGGUGUUCUCAUAAAAAUGCAAAACCAAUUACUGAUAAGCUACGAUUAAUAAAAAUCGAAGAAAAGAUACCAAUUGAUAUUGAAAUUGGUUAUGUUCCUCCAUCAAAUGGAGGUCAAUACCCUGGAAUUUACAUUUUUUCAACUUCCGCGCGUAUGAUGAGACCUGUCAAAUAUCUAGCUAAUGGAAAGACUGAUAUGGUUGGUUCCUUUGAACAGGUUUAUAUGAACAUUGCAUGUUUGCCAGAAGAUAUUGUUGAAGGUGUGACAACUCAUCAAGAGUAUUCUCCGACCAACAUUUUAAGCAUCCUUGCGAAUUUGACACCAUUCUCUGAUUACAAUCAAAGUCCAAGAAAUAUGUAUCAAUGUCAAAUGGCCAAACAAACUAUGGGAACACCGUCGACAGCAUUAAUGUAUAGAACGGAUAAUAAAUUAUAUCAUUUACAAACUGGUCAAACUCCCAUAGUGAGACCAGAACUUCAUAAUACUCUUGGUUUAGAUGGAUUUCCUAAUGGUACCAAUGCCAUCGUGGCCGUAAUUUCAUAUACAGGUUAUGAUAUGGAGGAUGCUCUCAUUAUAAAUAAAGCAUCUCAUGAAAGAGGAUUUGGAUAUGGCACCAUUUAUAAAUCAGAAAUAAUAGAUCUUGGGGAAUUUCGCGCAUCUGGAGAUCCUAUUAACCAUCAGUUUGGUCUUGAAGAUGAUGCUCCACCUUCUUGGCGUGAAAAACUUGACAAUGAUGGUUUACCGUUCAUAGGUGUUAGGCUAACAUCGGGGGAUCCUCUAUGUGCAUAUGUUGAUAGAAUUAAAGGAGUUACGAAAAUAAAAAUAUAUGGUGGAUCAGAAGAUGCCUACGUUGAUCAGGUUCGAUUACUUGGUGAUGAUUUAGGAAAGGAUGAGGUUCAAAAGGUACAUAUUAAACUAAGAAUUCCUAGACCACCAGUAAUAGGUGACAAAUUUUCUUCAAGGCAUGGACAAAAAGGAGUAUUAUCUCGUUUAUGGCCACAAGUAGAUUUACCAUUUACAGAAAGUGGAAUGCAACCUGAUAUUAUUAUAAAUCCACACGCGUUUCCUUCACGUAUGACCAUUGGUAUGUUUGUAGAAAGUAUGGCAGGAAAAUGUGGAGCAUUAUUUGGAGUCGCACAAGAUUGUACACCGUUUAAGUAUAAUGAAGAAUCUACAGCAAUUGAUUAUUUUGGGGAACAACUUUUACGUUCUGGAUUCAAUUAUCAUGGAAAUGAACCAAUGUAUAGUGGAACCACUGGUGAGGAAUUUCAAGCGGAUAUUUAUAUUGGAGUUGUAUAUUAUCAACGUCUUCGUCAUAUGGUUUCAGAUAAAUGGCAAGUCCGAUCAACUGGGCCUGUACAUAAUUUAACCAUGCAACCUAUUGGAGGUCGUAAAAGGAACGGUGGAAUUAGAUUUGGUGAAAUGGAACGAGAUUCUUUGUUAGCUCAUGGAAUGAGCUUUUGUCUCCAAGAUCGAUUGAUGAAUUGUUCCGACUUUUCACAGUGUCAUCUAUGCCGCGAGUGUGGAUCUAUUUUUACAUCAUUAUCAUUAAAAACACAUCAUAAAAUUGAUUCCAAUCGAACAUACAAGAAACAUCAUAUUCAAUGUGAUAUUUGUAAUACUGCGAAAUGGAUCACUUUAAUCAAAAUCCCCUUUGCAUUUAAAUAUCUUGCAACAGAACUUGCAAGUAUGGGAAUAAAAAUAAUAUUAGAUACCGAGACUAAAUAA